AUGGUUCGCCUUAGAGAUGGCAUGUGGCUACCGGCCGAGCAGCUCCGCGCCGAGUACGCCGAAGAUGUGUACGAAAUUACACCUCAGGAGGACCAGCAGGCCAUGAGCCUCCUGUGUCCGACAAAGCACAUCAACAGCCGUGGUGACACGCUAAACCAGCCUACCGUCACGCUGGGCGUGAAGGCGGAGCUGGACGGUGUCAUCUCCAUUGAAGCGACACACUGGGCCGGUGCUCAGAACAAAGGGCCUCAUUUCGAGCUCUAUCCCGAUGGCAAGCCCUCCGUUCAAGGCCGGAUCGUCAAGAGCGACAAGGGAACUACACUAGAGUCUGGUUCUCUGGCAAUCACCGUCCACCCCGACCCUCAGAAUUUCAACUUGGAGUUUCACAGCACAGACCGCAGCAAACACCUCACAACUCUCGCAAACAGGAGUGUGGGCUUUGCAUACAGCCCCUCUCCCAGUAGCCCAAUGCAAUUGGGUGAUAUGAGAGACUUCAAACACUACAUGUUCUUCCAGACCAACCUGGGCGUCGGCGAAUCGGUGCACGGUCUGGGCGAGCGAUUUGGUGCCUGGAAUAAGGUUGGCCAAACUGUCAAUCUGUGGAAUGCCGACGGUGGCACUUCCAGUGACCAGGCCUACAAAAACGUCUCCUUCUGGAUGAGCAACCGUGGUUAUGGUGUCUUCAUCGAUACCCCGGGCCGCGUCGAGAUGGAGAUCGGCAGCGAGCGUUCCUGCCGAGUCCAGACCACAGUCGAAAGCCAGCGCCUGAAGAUGUACAUCAUCUACGGCCCCGGACCCAAGGAUGUCCUCAAAAAGUACAGCAUCUUGACCGGCAAAGCUGGCAAGGUUCCUAGCUGGAGCUUCGGUCUUUGGCUGACUACAAGCUUCACCACCAAUUACGACGAAGCGACUGUGAACUCGUUCCUCGAGGGAAUGAAAGCUCGGGGCUCGCCCGUCGAUGUGUUUCACUACGACUGCUUCUGGAUGAAAGCUUUCACCUGGACCGACUUCGUUUUCGAUUCAGAGCGCUUCCCAGACCCCAAGGGACAGAUUGCGCGCCUCAAGGAGAGCGGUCUUUGCAAGAAGGUCUGCGUCUGGAUCAAUCCUUAUAUUGCCCAGCACGGUGCUGCCUUCCAACACGCCGCUGACAAGGGCUACCUUUUGAAGAGGAAGAACGGCGAUGUUUGGCAGUGGGAUCUCUGGCAGGCCGGAAUGGGUCUUCUUGAUGUGACCAAUCCCGAGGCUGUCAAGUGGUACGUGGAGUGCCUCAAUGGACUCUUUGACAAGGGCGUCGAUGCUAUCAAGACCGACUUUGGCGAGCGUAUCCCCACUAAGGACGUCCAGUGGUUUGACCCAACUGUCGACCCCCACAAAAUGCACAACUACUACGCAUUUGCAUAUAACCGUAUUGUCUAUGAGGCCCUCCAGAAGCGAUACGGCAAAGAUGAGGCUGUUCUCUUCGCUCGAUCGGCUGUCGCAGGCUGCCAGCGAUUCCCUCUUCAAUGGGGUGGCGAUUGCGAGUCUACUCCUGAAGCACUUGCCGAGACAGUCCGAGGAGGUCUGUCCAUGGGUAUGAGUGGUUUCUGCUAUUGGAGUUGCGAUAUUGGUGGCUUCGAGGGAUAUCCCCCGCCUUGGAUCUACAAGCGCUGGGUGGCCAUGGGUCUGCUCUGCAGUCACAGUCGUCUCCACGGCAGCAAUUCGUACCGUGUCCCUUGGACAGUCGACAAUGACGAUAAGACAGAGGAGGGCUGCUCCAGGACAUUGGCUAAGUGGACUGCUCUCAAGACACGUCUGAUGCCCUACAUUCUCUCUCAGGCAGCAGAGUCGAGGGAGGGAGGCAUUCCCUUGUCUUUGAGGUCAGUGGCUUUCGAAUUCCCGGACGACCCGACCGCAUGGUAUCUUGACCGUCAAUUCAUGAUGGGAUCUCAACUCUUAGUUGCCCCCAUCUUUGAAGAGUCGGGCGAUGUCGAGUUCUACCUGCCAAAGGGCAAGUGGACUUCGUUCUUCACCAAUGAGGUCAAGACUGGUCCCGGCUGGUUCAAGGAGCACCACAACUUCGGCUCCCUCCCACUCUACGUCCGUGAAAACACAGUCCUCGUCCUUGGAAACCGCCAGGCAGUCGGGGCUGUGUACGACUACUUCAAGGACGCCGAGGUCGCGUUGUACCAGGCUGCGCCAGGUGCCAAGGCUGUGUUGGUAGGCGGCACAGGCGAUACUGUCGGCGAGCUUGUCGUAGGCUCUGACGGCAGGCUUCAGGGCACCUCCGGCUUGACAGGAGCAGUCGUCGUUUCAGAUGCUGGGCGCAGCCUCGAAGGAGAUGCUCCAGUCUCUAUCACAGCUUUGUAA